GUGGCUCUGAAUGAAAUGGCUAGGCUAAUGGCUAGCCGUGUAGCGCAUUCACUUAGCACAAGUUCGCCGUUGGUGACUAGAAAAUAAAUUGGACAAUAUACGUAAAGUAACAGCAAGAGACGUGCUAACAAGUGCCAUUUAGCGACAUUGUGCUAAAGAUGCGGUUACUACUUCUCCGUGGUUUCUUCUAGCUGCCUUCAAUGUCUUAAGUGGCUAACUAUCGCGGGACGAAAUCAACAUUGUUAAGCUCGUCGCCGUUCAAUUGUAUCACAAAAGUGAAAUGUGUUUAUCGGCGGUAUUGUAAAUGUGUGGCCGAAGCGGGCUACGGCGCCGUUAGCUUUAGCAAUACUAGCAGUGGACGAGUCAGUCGGAGUCAGCUGACUGGUUUCGGUGAGCUGCUGCUGGUGCUUUUGCCGCUCGCCAUGGAUCAGCUCAAAGUCAAGGACCGCAUUCUGGAAAACAUCUCCUUCUCCGUCAAGAAGUUGCAAAGUUACUUUGCGGCAUGUGAAGAUGAGACUCCAGCCAUCCGGAACCACGACCGGGUUCUGCAGCGGCUCUGCGAGCACCUAGACCACGCGCUACUGUACGGGCUGCAGGAUAUCUCGUCAGGCUACUGGGUUCUUGUCCUUCACUUCACAAGGAGAGAGGCGGUCCGGCAGAUAGACGAGCUUCAGCACAUAGCAACGAACCUCGGUCGAAGUCGGGCUUGGUUAUACCUGGCGUUGAGCGAGAGCUCCUUAGAAAGCUACCUACGCCUCUUCCAAGAGAACCAAGGACUACUACAGAAGUAUUACUUCAAGAAUGCGUUGGUGUGCAGUCACGACCACCUGACGCUCUUCCUCACAUUGGUGGCCGGAUUGGAGUUCAUUCGUUUUGAUCUGGAGCUGGACGUGCCCUAUUUGGACGUGGCCGCCUACAUGCCCGAGUACUACAAACCGCGCAACCUGUUGGACUUCGAGGAAAGGCUCCCGAGCUCGGACAGUUUGUCCCUGCACUCCUUUACCUCCCUGACCUCCACCAACCUGGAGUGGGACGACAGUGCCAUCGCCCCCUCGAGUGAAGAUUAUGAUUUCGGUGACAUCUUCCCCGUGUUGCAGGCAAUGCCAAGUGCAGACUGGGAAGAAGGCGACAUGACCGACCAGGCCAGCUGCCCGAGGUCCAGCGGCUCCGACCCUCUGACCGUCAUCAGCGACUCGAUGGUCUUAACUGUCGGCAACGUCAAACUGAAGGCGGGCCCUCAUCUAUCGCCGCCAAGUCCCACAUCCAGACACAACCCUUUCAAUCACGACUCGGACGCCAACACUUCGGCCGACCUGACGCCGAUUCAUGUGGCGCGUUGUCACGUUGGCCGCGCCGGAGACGACGUCGAGAGCGGCAACAACGAGCUAGAAGUUAUUCGGAUGGCAAGACGAAGGAAAGCGAGCAAGAAACGACGUGGGAAGAGCUCCACAGAUUCCAUCAGCAGCAUCCAUAACUCCUUAUCAUCCGAGCACAUCGAAAUGAGCAGCAGUUGCCCCAACUCGGAGGAAGCCGAUUCCUUGAACUGCACUGUAAUCCACCUGGACAGGGCGGGGUCAGAGGUGGUGGCGGAAUGCGAGGAGGAUGGUGCGGAGGCCCUCCUAAGGCUUCCCGAGAUGACGGACACUUCCAUGGAUAGCGUUGGCCAACCCCUCUGGGACGUCGUCGACAGACUUAACGAGGAGGUCCGGGACCCGCCCAAGUACGACGAGGAACUACAGAGGGAAGAGGGUCCCGAGCCUCCAGCGCGGCGGCCCUUUCGAGAGGACUCUGGGGGCGAGCCUCCCGACCCGGACUCGAGCCCAGACCUCCUUCGGGCCUCAGAAAACGUACUCCGCCUUACCCCCGACGAUCCAGACUCUGCUCCCCCAGGUGGUGGGCGCCAUGACCCUCCAGAGCAUCGCCAGUCACAGAUACUUUCAGGUGGCCAUGAAGAUCAAGGAGAGGCAAAAGCGCCAGCAGGACAGGGAGCAGACGUGAAGAACGAGGAGGGAUAUGAUGCAGACGAGCGGGAAACGACUUCUGUACAAGAUGAGAAGCUUAGUCCCUCGGAAAGUUCUCAUCCUGCGGAGUUUAAGGUGGACAACAACCACUUACUCCUCCUCAUGAUCCAUGUAUUCAGGGAGAAUGAGGAGCAACUCUUCAGGAUGGUGAGGAUGAGUACCGGCCAUAUGGAAGGGGACCUGCAGCCUCUUUACCUGCUGCUGACCGACUGUUACAUCUACCUUCUGAGGAAAGGCGCAGCAGAGAAGCCUUACACAGUGGAAGACGCCGUUUCUUACAAUGAGCUUGACUAUAUCUCAGUGGGCCUUGAUCAACAGACAGUGACUAUAGUUUGCACUAAUAGAAGAAGGAAGUUCCUGUUAGACACAGCUGAUGCCUCCUUGACCUUAUGGUUCUUGUCCGUUCUUAAGACGGCCAUGGUGAAGGGUUGUCGUGAGCCCCCAUAUCCUUCCAUCCUGACUGAUGCCACCAUGGAAAAACUCGCUCUCACAAAAUUUGUCUCCCAGGAAUCUCACUGCGAGGUUUGUGAAGUUUCUAUACAUCUGUAUUCACUGGUCCACUGGGAGGAUCCUAUGGAUACGACCUUGCCAAACUGGAAAUUACCUACCAGGGCUAAGGAAGGGCUGGUGCAGUACCGGGCUGGCACCACAUACCUGGGCAAGGAGCUGUGGAAAAGCUGCUACCUCGUCCUCAGCAAUGGAAUUCUGUACCUCUAUGCAGAAAGGACUGAUGCGACGCCAGUGCUCUCCGUCACUAUGGGGGGUGUAUACUGCGGGGGAUGCCGUCGGUCAAACAGCUCCGAGCGUCCGCAUGCCUUUCAAGUCAUCCUGACCGAGCGCCCCCCGCUGGAGCUCAGUGCCAAUAAUGAGCAGGACAUGGCCGACUGGAUGCAGCUGCUCUGCCAGUCGGUCUCCAAAGGAGUCAUCCCCCAAGGUGCGGCCCAAACCCCGUGCAUCCCGUGUUGCCUGGUGGUGACGGACAGCAGGCUGCUGACUUGCCAUCAGGACUGCCAGACCAGCUUCUUCCGCUCGUUGGGCAGCGCUGACAUCUGUGACGUGGAGGCCGUCAGCCUGGAGGCCGACGUGGAGUACUUUGUCAUCGAGUUUGCUGCCGAUCGUGACCGCUUUCUCCCCCCGUGGGUCUUGUACUUCAGCGGACGUGAGGAGAGAGACAGACUGCUGCGAGUGUUAGACAGCAGAUGGAGAAGCAUCUUCCAGGUGGCGCUGCCCCACAGAGAGGUGUGCGAGCCAUCCGUUCAGAAGCGCUGCAGCGAAGGGUUGGCUUUAAUGAAGAGCGCGUGGCAGCGGGCGGACAGUUUGGCCCGAGGCCGAGCGCAGCGCGAGCCUUGGUGCUGACGCACAAACACACACACACACACACACGCACACGUAUGAACACUAUUGCCAGUGAUAGGUCAGCACACUAUUUGAAGGACAAUGGUCCGCGAGCGGUGCUCCGGCAGAGCCACAUAGAAAUAUUCUCCAUGAGCGCUGGAGAAAAUGUCUUCGGAGAACUCACGCAUGAUGACCGGUAUCACACGUGCUUUGCAGCCAUCCACUAAGGAAUGAUUUAAAGGAGGAAAAAAAAGGACAAGACAAAAGUGAAUAGUGCUGCACAUAAUCCGUGCCUGUAGUCAUUAUUUUCCUGUUACAGACACCUUUCGUCACAGGUGUCAAAGUCAAGGCCGGGGGCUACAUCCGGCCUGCCGCGCCACUUUGUGGCCCACCACGUUUCUAACCCUAACCCUAACCUAACCAAAAAAAAAAAAAAACUACAUCGGUUGCACAUGAUUAAAAAGUGUUAAACAUAAUUAAUUCCAAGAAAAAUGACAUCCGUUUAGCACAUUUGAAUUAUGUGCAACUAAAAAUUCCGUACUGUUUUAGUGUAAAUAGUUUUACUUUCAUGCAAUUUUUCUUCACUUUUAACAGAUAUUAGUCUUUUUUUUAUUUUUUUUUUCCCCCUCCACCAAAUCCCAUUUUAACAUUAAGGGUUGGGGUUAUAGCGUAUACUUGUUUGCCACGAUUUUAAUAGAUUUAAUAAUCAACUACCGUGGCAGUUGUGUAUAUCAAAUAAUAUGGUGCACUGACUGUAAUUCAAUUUGAAAGCAGAAACUGCAACUGUAGUUUAUGUACAUUCACUACACAUUGAUGGAAAUAUUUCCUGAUAUUUUUUUUUUUUUUUUUUUUAAUGAUUUUGAUGAUUGUCCGUUGAUAGCUGGGAUAGGCUUCAGCCCACCCGCGACCCUAGUGAGGAUACGCGGCUCAGAAAAUGGAUGGCUGGAUGGCUGAUUUUGAUGAUUGAAUCUUACAGCUAAUGAAAAUUCAAAAUCUCAAGAAACGAAGACAUUAGGUAGGGAUUGGUCUUCUGAAAAGUAUUUUCCAAUGUGUGAAAGGUGGAGUAUGCAGGUUUCAAACUGCUUGGAAGAUUUGAAUGUAGCUUCACUUUCAGUCCCCCGCAUCUCUGCCCAAAGAAAUGCCCUCAUCUGACGAGGUUAUCAUGCAUAGCAGCUACAUUGCUAGCAUGACUUAUUCAUGAUUUAAUAUUACUCAACAUGCAAUGCUUCCAGUUUGAUGUAUUUUUUUUAGAAUGUACAAUCAAUUAAAAAUAUAAGAGAGGAGAACAACUUAACUGACGGCCCGGUGAGAACAGUGAUGUGACGUACGUGUUGGCUUUCCAAGCCCAGCAAUGGAACCGUCUAUGUGUAGGGCACCACCGUUACAGAGAUUACCCUUGAUUUGUCUCAAGAGCUGUCCAAUUCCUUCUCUUUAACUUUUGUUGCUAAUCCGAGUUAAAUAAUUCUGGCCAAGAAACUAUAAUAGUUUUUACUCUGCAAGAGGCUGUGGUAUGUCCUGGCGAGCCUCCGCGUGCAAGGUUCGCAUGGGCAAAUGAAUGGCACACUAUUUGGUAACACCCCUUAUCUCUACAGUUUCUGAUUGGCUAUUCUUGUUCCGCUGUGACCAUUUGUUUAAAAAAAAAAAAAAAAAAAAAAGAGAAAAAAAUAAUAAUAAUUUGAGAAAAUUAAAUGGGGCCAGAGAGGAAUCAUUUUAAUAAUAUUCUACUGUCAGGUCAUGUUUUAACAUGU